AUGAAAUUCCUAGUUCUUCUUUCAAUUGUCUAUCUCGCAAAUUGUGACACAGUCACCACAACCAUAGCCUCAACAGCAUCAACAUCAACUACUGUAACUGUGCCAUCAACAACCACACCACAAAAUGUGGCAGCUCCAAAUGAAGCUGCAGUGUUUUUGACAAGAUUCUAUGCCGCUUUGAAUAUUCAAGAUUAUUCAGUGAUUAAUCAAGCUUUCACAGCAAUCAUUGCUGGACAAACGUAUACCAGAGGUAAUUUAAUUAAGAAUAUGAGAACAAAAAUCUUAAAUUCGUUUUUUUUUUCAGACAAAUACAUCUAUGCUCUUCAAGUUCUUCAAUCACAAAACCCAGCAGUCUUCAAUAAUCCAGAAAUAAAUGCCAGCAACUACAAUGCCGUCAAAACCGCGAACAAUCUUGUUAUUAGUUAUACAAAUGGAGAAAAAUGGACUGUUGAAGGAGCAACUUUGAUUAAAUUGGAGAGUCAAUAG